GAUAUACUGACAUCAUUUGCACUGACGUUACUUACCCGAAUUCUUCAGUACAGAGAAGCCAGAAGUAGAUAAACGUUAUUUGAGGACGCAUCUUUGCCGCACAAUUGAGAUGGAGGACCAGCAACAUGACUUUACAGUUCCAUACGUGCAUAUAAAUGAAGAUGAGAAUUCUUUUAAAAGCCGUCUAUUCCAGGUAAUGACGCGUUUUCUGACCUCCACCGUUGUGAGAGUAAUGGGUUACAUUGCCUAUGUAUUGUUUUUCAUCUGGCAAGUAAUCGGUUUGAUCUUGUACACAAUCCGUGCCUUUGAAGUAAGUCUCAAUUCCAAACGUGCAAGCUUCCAACUAGCAGACAUCACCUCGUUUGAUCGUUCUGAGCAACUGGAGCUCGCGUGGGUUAUGUCCCAGGUAUGCAACUGCGCCUUGGUACUCCUGGCUGUAUCAAGAGUACCUUCUUUCUUAGGGUGGUCUUUCAUCCCGAGGCUGCUAGUUCAGCUUCCAGCGUUUUGGAGUCUUCUUGCCUUGUUCUUGAUGACAGUUGUAGGCUACGGGAUGAUCCUUGUUCACAAAAAUGACGAGAUGAUGGAGAUCUGUCUGAUUUUAGCUCUAACGAUGGACAAUUGUGUUCAGGUAGUUUUGAUAAGCUUCCUAAACUUCACUCAAAUAAAUCGCUCCUACAGGCAAUAUCCUUUUACAGUAUUUGCCUUCCUCAAAAUUAAUAUAUUUCUUCUGUUUUUAUCGUAUUUUGCAACCUUUGUUGUCAGCUCACUCCAGAUUGCAAUUCGAGUCUAUGGCAUAGAGAAGAGUGAAUCAAUUUCUGAUGAUUGUUUUUGCGCAAUUGUUGCGGUAAGGAGAUUUACACAGGUGGUAUUCUCUUACAGAGUUUAUAUAUUUUACUGGGACAAAUUGUUUUCUGAUCACAGAAAUAUUCUUUGUCAUCACGACUAUUUGGAAGAGACUAUAAAAGAAAUUAGAACGAGAAAUCGGUCAAUUUAAGAGGCAAGUACGCUUUAAUUCUGCCAAUGUAUGUUUAAGGGAAUAAGAAAAAAAAAGUACCAUAAGUUCACAACUGUUAUAAAUUGUUUACUUGUCGAGUGGUCUCCAUUAAAUGAGUGAGAUUUCG